AUGUCUUCGACAAUAGCUAAAAGACAUUUACAGUGGAACAUGUCUUCGACAAUAGCUAAAAGACAUCUACAGUGGAACAUGUCUUCGACAAUAGCUAAAAGACAUUUACAGGGGAACAUGUCUUCGACAAAAGCUAAAAGACAUCUACAGUGGAACAUGUCUUCGACUAUAGCCAUAUGUCUAUAUAAUACAGAUCUGAAGGACACUGGAGCCAGACCCUCAGAGACGGAUACAGAACUGAAGGACACUGGAGCCAGACCCUCAGAGACGGAUACAGAACUGAAGGACACUGGAGCCAGACCCUCAGAGACGGAUACAGGACUGAAGGACACUGGACAUGCUGGAGCCAGACCCUCAGAGACGAAUACAGAACUGAAGGACACUGGAGCCAGACCCUCAGAGACGGAUACAGGACUGAAGGACACUGGAGCCAGACCCUCAGAGACGAAUACAGAACUGAAGGACACUGGAGCCAGAUCCUCAGAGACGGAUACAGGACUGAAGGACACUGGAGCCAGACCCUCAGAGACGGAUACAGAACUGAAGGACACUGGAGCCAGACCCUCAGAGACGAAUACAGGACUGAAGGACACUGAAGCCAGACCCUCAGAGACGGAUACAGGACUGAAGGACACUGGACAUGCUGGAGCCAGACCCUCAGAGACGGAUACAGAACUGAAGGACACUGGAGCCAGACCCUCAGAGACGGAUACAGAACUGAAGGACACUGGAGCCAGACCCUCAGAGACGGACACAGAACUGAAGGACACUGGAGCCAGACCCUCAGAGACGGAUACAGAACUGAAGGACACUGGAGCCAGACCCUCAGAGACGGAUACAGAACUGAAGGACACUGGAGCCAGACCCUCAAAGACGGAUACAGAACUGAAGGACACUGUAGCCAGACCCUCAGAGACGGAUACAGAACUGAAGGACACUGGAGCCAGACCCUCAGAGACGUAUACAGAACUGAAGGACACUGGAGCCAGACCCUCAAUGACGGAUACAGAACAGAAGGACACUGGAGCCAGACCCUCAGAGACGAAUACAGAACUGAUGGACACUGGAGCCAGACCCUCAGAGACGUAUACAGAACUGAAGGACACUGGAGCCAGACCCUCAGAGACGGAAAUUUUAUUUAAGUAUUUAUCUAUAAUGAGUGACAAAAAUAGAAUUCAAUAA